UUACUCUCUGUACUGAGUUUUUAUCAUUGUUGGAUCAUUGUCAGUCUUCCUUGUGUUCCCCGGUUUGUUUUGGACUUUUGUUUUAGUUUCUUAGACCUUAGAUUUGUCUGCACAUGGCUCCUCCUUCAAGUGUUUCCCAAUGUGACAGUUAUGGCCUGACUCCCUGACAAAAGAACUGACUGGCCUUGGAGCUGUACUCUCAGUCCUACGAUGCCGUGGGCGUCAUGUUCGCAUCCAUCCCGGGCUUCGCAGACUUCUACUCUCAGACAGAGAUGAAUAACCAGGGAGUCGAGUGCCUCAGGCUCCUCAACGAAAUUAUUGCAGAUUUUGACGAGCUGCUCGGUGAGGAACGGUUCCAGGACAUCGAGAAGAUCAAGACCAUCGGCAGCACCUACAUGGCCGUGUCUGGUCUGUCCCCCGAGAAGCAGCAAUGUGAAGAUAAAUGGGGUCACCUGUGUGCGUUGGCCGACUUCGCCAUCGCCCUGAAAGAGAGCAUCCAGGAGAUCAACAAGCACUCGUUCAACAACUUCGAGCUGAGGAUCGGGAUGGCUCACGGCUCCGUGGUGGCGGGCGUGAUCGGCGCGAAGAAGCCUCAGUACGACAUCUGGGGGAAGACGGUGAACCUGUCCAGUCGGAUGGACAGCACGGGGGUCAGCGGUAAGAUCCAGGUGCCCGAGGACACCUACCUGAUCCUGAAGGAGCGCGGCUUCGCCUUCGAGUACCGCGGGGAGAUCUACGUGAAGGGCAUCAGCGAGCAGGAGGGCAAGAUCCGAACGCACUUCCUGCUGAGCCGCGUGCAGCCCAACCCGCUCAUCCUGCAGCCGCGCAAGAUCACCGGCCAGUACUCGCUGGCGGCCGUGGUGCUGGGCCUGGUGCAGUCGCUCAACAGGCAGAAGCAGAAGCAGAUCCUCACGAGAACAACAACUCGGGCUCAUGAAGGGGCACCACCACUACAACCGGAGGACGUUAUUAGCGCCCGGUGGCUCCGAGGGGGGAGGGGGGCAUCACACCGAAGUGGCGGAUAAGACUGAGCUGUCCUGAAGAGCAGACUGGAGUUUGAGUUCCUCACAGAGCUCCUCGAGGCAGAGCUGCUCUGAGGGCAAACAUGAGCCCAGUGGUUGAGCUAAACUUCCCUGACUGCAGCUGGAGAACUCUUUUUAACGGCUUCAUGUUAUCAGGGGAGAGUGGAGAAGCUAGCACUAUGACAUCUGGUAGGGCGGCACUGACUGAGAAAAUCACCAACACCUUUUUUGUUGCUUCUUCUAUUUAUGUUAUUUCUCAACAACAACGUAAAAACGGUUGAAAAUGCUGCAAAACAAUAAUACAGAACAGCAAGGUUUCCCUUUAUACAUGCAAUUACAAAACUGAGAUGUAAACAAACCAAUGGUCCACCCUCUUGGGGCUUGUGCAAUAUACUUAAAGAACAAUUGCCACGU